UGUGUCACCGCCUUCCAUGCACCGCGAGUCGAUCCCUACACACUCACUCAUAAACGCUCAUUAACCGACAACACUCAUCCACUCCCUCGAGACGGGAAACGGAACUGAUCGCUGAUUCACAGCCUGCUUCACCAUGUUCAAGCGCUCCUUCGCCGCGUCGAAGGACACGACGAGCAAAGUGCGCAAGGUGACGAAGCGCUCGUUCCGUGAUGACGCCAAGCAGAGGAUGCGCGAAGCGUUGCAGAACGCGACUACUCCCGACACGUCGCCUUCCGUAGGCGGGUGUUCCCCCAAGCUCAACAGCGCCAUCGUCACGAUCGCUGUGGGCAAGGACCAGCGUCUCUUCGCCGCGCACGAGGACAUACUCGCGCGCUCGCCCUGGUUCGCCGAGGCCGUGCGCGAGCAGUUCUUCGCCUCCCCCGGCCAGCGGCGCAUCAACCUCCCCGACGAGGAGCCCGAGAUCUUCUCCGCCGUCCUCGAGUACCUCUAUAAAGGCGACUACGCGCCGCGUCUCCUGCACGACCGCAAGCGCAACACGUGGUCGCUCGAGGACGGCGGGGCGGGCGGAGAAGAUCUGCAAAUGCGCCCCUCCCUCUCCCCUCACCCUCACCCUCACCCUCACCCCUCCAAACCCGACGGCCCCCGCGCGAACGAGCUCGCGACCAUCUACCAUCACGGCGUGGGCGACUACAUCCUCCGGGACACGGUCGUCUACUGCACCGCGCUGCGCUUCGCCCUGCCCGACCUCCAGCGUCUCGCCCUCCGCAAGCAAGGCCUGCAGUCCGGCAUCGACGUCGCCACCAUCCUGCGCAGUGCCCGCUUCGCCUACGCGAACACGCCGGCCAGCGACUCGCGCCUGCGCGCCCACUACCUCGCCCUCAUCAUCCGCUCCCGCAAGACCUUCAAGCGCAGCGGCACGAUGCAGAUGGAGAUGGAGAAGGGCGGCAGUCAGAUGUUCUUUGACUUGUUCGUGGCCAUGUGCAACCACAUCGACGAUGUGGUGGAGAUUGGGCAAGUCGAGCCUUUCCCUUUACAUACACUGCGCUGAUCACCACAAUAUGUCCUCCGCUUUUUGUAGGCUUGUUGGUUCACUCGUGGCCAUCGAACGCCAACUAACAUCUCAUGGUGCAUCUAACAGCAACGGCCGCUCGCCCAACAUUUAACGCGUGAACGCACACACACCACAUUCGAACAAGACCAAUGCAGGCUCGGAGCACAUGACACGAAACAGAUUGGGAAC